AUGGUAGUCCUUUUCGAAGAUCCACGUAAACUUCCUUUGGCAACAUUUUUAAUGCAAGUUUUUAUUACAUUAGUUGUAUGUAAAAUUCUUGCUAAGUUACUUUCAUAUAUUCAACAACCACAAGUGAUUGGUCAAAUUAUUGCCGGAAUUCUUUUUGGUCCUUCCGUUCUCGGUCAUAUUCGAGGUUGGUCUGAAACAAUAUGGCUGCCAUCAAGUCUCCCAGCAUUUCAAUUGAUUGCUAAUUUAGGCUUACUAUUUUUUAUGUUUUUUUUGGGACUUGAACUUGACUUAGGUCAAAUCAAAAAUAGUUGGAAAACUACAAUACCAAUUGCAUGUGCAAG